AGCUGGACGUCACCUCAUAUGAGCUUAAGCUUACAGGAACCUUUAAAAUGGGAAGGCGCCGACCUCAUCUCUAGAUCUUUCAAUUUCUUCUCAACUCACCUCACUCUCUUCUCGCAUCAUCAUCAUCUUCCACUUGUUUCCACCUCGUAAUUUGCUCCUCGCACCAUUGGACAAGGAUCGCUCGCCCUGAGAUUCGGCGAUUGCUGCAUUCGGUUCAGCUCAAAGCUGUUGGUUGAGGCAAUUCCUCUCUAAACUCUUACACUUUCCCCCUACACUUACACCACUUUCAAUCUCACAUCCGCCAAAAUGCCUCCUAGAAGAAGAGCUGCCGCGAACCCUCCAGCUGAUCCACCUCUGGACGGCUGUGCAAUCGCAGUCAGCGGCAAGUUUGACGACAUUGGUCACAGUCACUCCUCUCUCGAGGCUCUCAUUCGCAAGCAUGGUGGAUCAUUCACCAGAAGCGUCACAAAGGCUACCACCCAUGUUGUUUCUACUCAAGAUGACUUCAACUCACAGAGCAGCAAAGUCACAGCGGCCAAGGAUAAGGGCCUUCCUGUCGUGGACCCUUUGUGGCUCAUUGAUAUCGACUCCAAGGGUAACAAGCUGAGCGCUGACGACUAUACCUGGGACUCUGCUUCCAAGUCCAAUGGCACUGCUAAAGCUACCACCAAUGGCAAGUCAAAGAAGCGAUCGCCUCCUGCCGCUGAUGAUGAGGAUGAAGAGGAGGAAAGCCAACCUAAGUCCAAGCGCGCAAGGAGCACCAGCGUUGCGCCUAAAUCGAAGGCUAAACCCACAGCGGUCAAGAGGAGCACCAAAGACAAGGCCCCCGUUGAGGAUGAGUCUGAGGAGGAGGAGGCCCCCAAGACCAAAGCCAAGCCUAAGGCUGCUGCAAAGAAGGGUGGUAAGGGCAAGGCUGCUAUCAAGGAUGAGCCCGAGGAGAGCUUGGAGGAAGAAAAGGUCGUUGCCGAGGGACAGUUCAUCAAGAAGAAGGAUGUUGCAAUUCCUCUCGAUGAGCACUGCACUCUCCCCACCUACCAAGUUUAUGUUGAUCCUGACUCUGGUCUCAUUUAUGAUGCCUCACUGAACCAAACCAAUUCCUCAGCAAACAAUAACAAGUUCUACCGCAUUCAGGUGCUGAAGAAUCCCAAGUCCUCUGACUUCAAGACUUGGACUCGAUGGGGCCGUGUUGGAGAGAUGGGUCAGAAGGCCAUCCUUGGAAACGGAACCGUUGAUGACGCUAUCAGGCAGUUUCAGAAGAAGUUCAAGGACAAGUCAGGUCUCGCAUGGGACAACCGUACCGACAACCCCAAGCCUGGCAAGUAUGCGUUCGUCGAGCGUAGCUACAACCCUGAUUCUGAUGAUGACGAGGAGGAGAAGGACGACAAGAAGGCUGUCAAGAAGGAGGCAGAUGAUGAUGAAGACGAUGCAUCUCCUCCUGAGUGUACACUUGAGAAGCCCGUCAAGGAACUGAUGGAGCUCAUUUUCAACCAGCAAUACUUCCAACAGGCCAUGACAUCUCUCAACUACGACGCCAACAAGCUGCCACUGGGCAAGCUGAGUAAGACAACUAUUACUCGCGGUUUCCAGCAGCUCAAGGAUCUCGCUGCCUUGAUUGACGACCCAACCCUUGCCGCAUCAAAAUGGAACAUGUCCAUGUCUGCUGCUACUGAGCAUCUUUCCAACACCUACUAUUCAUUCAUUCCUCACGCAUUUGGCCGAAACCGGCCACCUAUCAUCCGUGACAACACCCUACUCAAGCGGGAAAUAGAACUUCUCGAGAGUUUGUCUGACAUGAAGGACGCCGCUGAGAUUAUGAAGAUCGAUCGCAAGACGAGGGAUACUAUUCAUCCUCUUGAUCGCCAGUUCCAGGGUCUCGGCCUUGAGGAGAUGACUCCUCUUGACCACAAGAGCAGCGAGUUCAGCCAUCUCAAGAACUACCUCAACGAGUCUCGCGGUUCUACUCACAACAUGAGCUACACCGUCAAGGAUAUCUUCCGCAUUGAGCGACAAGGCGAGUUCAAGCGAUUUGACGACUCUGAGUACUCCAAGAUUUCUUCCGAUCGUCGUCUUCUCUGGCACGGCUCACGAGCGACAAACUACGGUGGUAUCCUUAGUCAGGGUCUCCGUAUUGCCCCUCCUGAAGCUCCUGUGUCAGGUUACAUGUUCGGUAAGGGCAUUUAUCUCGCCGAUAUGUCCUCCAAGUCGGCCGGAUACUGCUGCUCUUACAACACUGGUGGCGAGGCUUUGCUUCUGCUUUGUGAAGCUGAGCUUGGUGAUCCUAUACAGAAGCUCACUGGAGCUAGCUAUAAUGCUGGCACUGAUGCAAAGAAGCAAGGCAUGCACAGUACCUGGGGUCAAGGUAGAACCGGCCCCAGCAAGUGGAUUGAUGCCGGUGUUGUUCAUGAGAGCCUCAAGGGUAUCAAGAUGCCCGAUCCCGAUGUCAAGCCUGGUGAUACCAACGUUUCCGGUGCCGGCCUGUACUACAACGAGUACAUCUGUUAUGAUGUCGCCCAAGUCAAGCUGCGUUACCUCCUCCGCGUUAAGAUCUAGGGAGAUGACCUGGACUGGUAAUGUCAACGCUUGUUCAUGGAAUAAACAGUAGACAUCCAUAUUCAUAAUAUGUGGGAUUACUGUUUAUUUGGGGCAUCUUAUUUCUUUGUUUCGCCGUUAUUCAUAAUUCUCUGUAUUGGCGCACCAGCGGGAUGAUUUGAUAUGCAGGAACAGAAAAGCGGUUGCUGGAAGUCAAGGUCAACACUGGUAGUAGACCAAAGGAUCGCAACGGCGUUAUAUGGACAUGUGGUGUUUGACUUUGAUGUUUUAUUUCAUUUCUCAUGUGUCUUUCGGACUACUGUAUGUACAUGAAGAUAAUACACUAUAUAGAACA